AUGGGUCAUUAUAAUUACACUCGUACUAAUUCACGUCGUUGGCAUAAUCGGUUCAAAGUAUAUCAGAAAAGUGAACAUAUUCCUGACAAAGUAUCAUCUAAGAGGGUUGAAGUACAAGUAGUGAUUUUCGAUGAUAAAACCUGUAUAGAAUCUGUUGUGAAAAAAGAUUGCGAGCAAAAUUUUGAUAAAUUUCGUUUUACAAAUCAGAAUAUAACUACUCAAAACUUUGGUACAUUUGGAAAAGGUUAUAUACCAAUUUCUAACAAGCCAGUUGGAUUUCUUAAUUAUUCUACUUCAAGCAUAUUUGGAUCUAAAUAUAUUGGAAACUCAUUAAUGGAAAAAUUUGAAUCUUCCACACCACAUAAUGCAGAAGAAGAAGUAUCUUUUGGAACCGGUGCAAAACCCUUGUUACAUGAACAAAAAAAAGAGGUUACUCGACACACUGUUAGGACGGAAUUAUUUCGUUUGGAUCGCGAACAUCAAUGGAAAGAUAUGGAUCGUGAGCAUCAAUGGAAAGAACGAAGGGUUGGAAUGUUUAAACUUAAUUAUCCAAAGAACUAUGAAAAAUCACCUCAACUAAGUUUUCUAAAGCAAUGUUUGGUUAAAGAUCCGAAUGCUGGCAAAACUUCUAAAGUUUGGGAUUUGGAACAAAUUUUAUUAUGUGUGGGAUUUGAAUAG